AGCCAUUGAGAAGUUAACAGGGCACCAGUUCGAAGACUACUCCUUCAAAGUGUCAUAUAUCGUGGACAUGGAUGCUGCUCCGCCCGACCAGGCUCCCCGCACGCGGCGCGGGGGGCGGUCCUCCCGGGAGGGGGGCUCUCAGCCCGGGCCCUCAGGAGACUAUGGCUCUCCCCGCACCAGACAACACGACUUCCCCCUGCGCAUGCUCGCGCCUUCUCAGUUUGUCGGAGCCAUCAUCGGCAAGGAGGGCUUCACCAUCAAGAAGAUCACCAAAAAUACCCAGUCUAAGGUGGACAUUCAUCGGAAGGAAAAUGCAGGGGCAGCAGAAAAGCCCAUUACCAUCCACUCAACUCCCGAAGGCUGCUCCGCCGCCUGUCGCAUGAUCCUGGACAUCAUGCAGAAGGAGGCCAACGAGACCAAGACGACGGAGGACAUCCCUCUGAAGAUCCUCGCCCACAACAGCCUCGUAGGGCGGCUGAUUGGGAAGGAGGGUCGAAACCUGAAGAAGAUCGAGGAGGACACAGGGACCAAGAUAACCAUCUCCUCGUUACACGACUUAACCAUUCACAACCUAGAGAGGAUCGUCACGGUGAAGGGCACCUUGGAUGAUUGUUGUAAAGCCCAGGUGGAGAUCCUGAAGAAACUGAUAGAAGCCUCCGAGAACGACAUUGCUGCUAUGAACCAACAGGCCAACCUGAUCCCAGGCUUGAACCUGAAUGCUCUGGGCAUCUUCUCCUCCGGCCUGCCGAUGCUGACCCCUGCUGCCGGACCCCGCGGUGCAGGGCCCCACAUGGCUCCAGCAGGAUACAACCCAUUCUUAAGUCACUCUUCACAUCUCAGUGGCCUGUACGGGGGUCCUCCAGCAAGUGCCAUCACCCACCAGCACUCAACUCCAGAACAGGAGGUUGUCUACCUCUUUAUUCCAACUCAGGCAGUCGGGGCCUUGAUCGGCAAGAAGGGCCAGCACAUCAAACAACUCGCCCACUUCGCUGGAGCUUCUAUCAAGAUUGCUCCAGCUGAGAAUCCAGAUAGUAGGAUGGAUGGUGAGAGGAUGGUUACUAUUACUGGAAAUGCAGAGGCUCAGUUUAAGGCCCAAGGUCGGAUAUUUGGGAAGCUGAAAGAGGAGAACUUCUUCUCAGCGAAGGAGGAGGUCAAACUGGAGACACACAUCAAGGUUCCCUCAACCGCAGCUGGCAGGGUCAUCGGUAAAGGUGGAAAGACGGUAAAUGAGCUGCAGAACCUUACAAGUGCUGAGGUCAUCGUACCGCGGGACCAAACCCCAGACGAGAAUGAUGAAGUCUUUGUGAAAAUCAGCGGUCAUUUCUUUGCCAGCCAGACUGCACAGAGGAAGAUCCGGGAGAUCAUUCAGCAGGUCAAACAGCAGGAACAGAAGCACCAGCAGGGCACCGCCGUGUCACCGCACCACGCCAAGUGACCAGCGGGGCGGCUCCGGCGGGUGCCAGCCAAUGAAUGUAGCCCUCCCAAACGGACAGAGACCUACCCAGACAAAGGCCACGGCCAAGGGGGACAUGCAGGGCAGACCAGCAGCACCAGGAUCAAAACCAAAGAACUUCACUAGGGGGGAAAACAAGUAAGAGCCAAAGGCUGAGGGCAUUGUGUGCACUGCCAGCCCCGUGAGAGCAGAUAGAGUGGGAAAAAACCGUACUGAUAUAAUAUAACAAAAAAAAAGACCAAAAAAAUCUAUAAGGAACGUGGACAUGGCAGAGAAUUUUGGAACUGUUGUCGUCACAGUUCCAAACAGGAAAUAGUAUGUCGCCCUGAAUAACGUUAUCUCUUUAGUUGGACUAACAUAGGCCUAACAAACUGAUAAAGCAAAUGUAUUAACACAAGCGUAUACGAGGCAUUGUGAUAAAUAUUUUAGGUUAGAACGAGCGCGAGGGACAAUGGACUCUCACAUGAAUUAGAGAUAUUCAGAUUGAAAGAUGAAAUAUCCUUAGCAGUAUUAACACAGAGUAGAAAAGUAUAUUGAUACACACUGAGAGUACGCACUGUUAUUUUACUAUCAAAAUGACAGAACAACUUGGUUUAGUUUCUAAUAUUUGUGCUUGUUCCAGAGAUUGAUUGUGCUCUGACAGCCUCAUAAGGCAAUUCCCCUUGUGUGUUCACAGUAUAGGCCACUGAAAUCAAAAGAAAAACACUUGUAAGAAAAUAUGGUGAAUGGGUCUUUUUAACAAGCCUGUGUGUGUGCCAACGCAAAAGAUAACGUCCCUUUUAAGUGUCUCUCACCAAUCAUAUCUGAUGCUUCUACUCUUUUUUUCUUUUUUUUCUUUAUUUUCUGCUUAUUUCUGCUUUAAUUUCUCAUCACUCUCUCUCAUCUGGCGUGUUUUUUUAAUAGGUUAAAAACAUAUUUGUUGUCAAGGAACAGUUUCUUCCCCCAUAGCCCUCAUUGAACUGCCACUUUCACUCAACAGAGGUUAAACGCAUCAGAGGAAUUUUUAAACUGAUAUAAUUCUUCCAUGCUGUAACAGUAACUAUAACAGCAUUCAUGCUUGUUGUCCUGAUAUUUAAAAAAGAAAUCUAAACAUUGUCUAAUAAAGGACGAUCAGAGCAAAUCUUAAAAAAACUAUUUGGUCAAACUUAAUUUGCUUACAGGUGACCAGUCGUUUUGAGCCACACGCUCGGCCUUAUUUGGGACGUCAUGAGGUCCGACACAAACAUAAGAAAUUAGACGUUGUUUUGAGGGAGGGUGCUCACUUUUGGUGUGUGAAGUGGCAGUGAGGAAAAAGUUUUGGGUUAGAGGGUGGUUUGGGAGGCACUGUAUGACCUGUGGUACACACACAACCGCAAACGUGACCACAGCCGUGUUUGGCUUUAACCCUCUCUUGUCAGGGAGCUUUCUAAAACGGCAUGACAGCUGUGAAUGUACGAUAUGCAGCCUUUUAGAAGAAUCACCCCUGCCGUGUCCAGCAGGCGGGGCCACAAGCACACAGAUUGUCAUUCUCACCCUCGCUCUUUCUUUUAACUUUUUCUUUUUUGUUUUGUUUUAUUUUGGCGAGCCAGCCGACCGCUCUGCGAGUGCGCUGGACACGCAGGUCCUCCUGGUGUCCCUUUACUGUGGAGACCAUGGAAUCUUGUUGCCUUAUUUUGUCAACUUUUAGACACCACCCAUCAGCUUCAUCUUCCAGACGCAAGGUUAUUGCCAAUACGCACAGCUUCCUCCGUGUGUGUGCGUUUGUGUGCGAGUGCGCAUGUGUGUGUAUAUAUAUAUAAAAAGAGAGAGUAAUAUUUAUGAAUCUAUUUUUUUCCUAUUUUGUGAUGAGAGCUAUUGAUAAGAAACAAAAAGAAAAACAAAGUCCUUUUCUUUUCUUCCUCAGUGGGACACUGCCAUAUUAUUUUGAAGGGAAGUGUUUAUUUUCUUGAAAACUAGACUAUGAAUAAUAAUAUAAACAAAAAACCUGAAAAAUAGGAGAACAGUUAAGUGAACCAUCGAUAACUUUGGUCAGGAUGUGAACAGUGCGCAUGUCAGUAUUGUGAUCUACCUCAGGCUUCAGGGUACCUCAGUCCAAUCUUUCAUUUCCCCUUUUUCCACAUUUUGUAUGCCUUGUUAACUGAUCAUUUUGAGCGUUUUUAAUUUUCUUUUUUAAUGAAAAAAAGACAAAAGAUCUACAGUAAUCUCUAAACUCUUCAGGUCCAGUCAACUAGUGAAACUUUGUCAACCCUGUUGGACUGUCUUUACCUGGACGCCAUACAACCUCUUAAUGAUACACGUCAAAAGGAUUUCAAAGUACAUUUUCUGUAGAAAGGAAUGAAGAGCAGGAUCUAAGGGGUACAUACCUGCCCGAAGUGGUUCUGAAUGUGGAUGUUGUGUACUGAUUUCACAGAAAUCAGAGAAAGGAAAGAAAAGUCAGUUGAAAACAAAACAGAAACCAACCAUCUGUACCUCCUGCUUUUCCCAACUGUACCUCCAGGUUUUUUUUAGACUUUAAAAAAAACAACAAUGAAGUUUAUUCACUUGUGGAAAAAAAAAAAAGAUUUUUUUUAAACAACCCAAUUCAAUCGUACCAGCUCUAUUUGAUAAAAACAUACUCUGGGGUUGAUUUGAAGAAAACACAAAGCUGCAAAAAUAGACUGACGGGACUCUUUGAACUUGGUGUAAAAACCCUAGUCUUCUGUGUAGAAUGUAGAACAACUCUAGUCGUUGAAAUGUCACUGUGUACGACAAGAUACCUGUAUAUCUGUAAACAUGUACAAUAGAGUCACACAUUAAUGCAUCGUUUUCUGUUUCUAUAACACUCAUCAGUCUACACCUGCGAUGUGAGAGAUGGUGGGAGAAGUUUUAGAGCGUCACAGCUUGCCUCAAAACUGACCUUUAAACGGUUUUCUCAUCAAUCUAUAGAUGAUUUUUUUUUUUUUGAUGUGCUGUACAUUUCAGAAUUACCUCUCAGAAUCCAAGGCUGACUUUAGUUACUAAAACCGAUUUAGGGCGAAAAAUAAUUAAAUAAAGAAAUUAUAUAGUGAAAGUUAGUGUUUGUCUUUGGAGUUCUUUUAACUGUUUGAGAGCUGAUUUUUUUUUUUUUUUUUUCGAGGGCAGGCUUUUGUCAUCAGAUGAGCUGGAUCAUUGUCCCAGUGAACACAGAUUAGCAGUGCUGAAAUAAAACAUAAAAGGUCUAUCGAACUCACACAAUGCCUGAGGCUUGCUG